ACAAACCACAUUCUCACUGGAGGAAAUUUGCAAUUUACUGGAAACAGAUCAUCUAACUACAAUAAGAAUGACACUUCAAACUAUCACUUGGAUGAGCGCCUUCCUCUGCGUCGCACAAGUUUGCUCCAUGCCCAUGCCUUGCCAGCUACAAGGACAGCUGGUGCGAAUAACCCACAACCUACUGAGAGACAUGGGGGGUAAUUUUCCUCUGGAGUGCCUGCAGGAGAAUGUCUUCGUGCCAUUCCCAGCCACCGCAUUUGCAACCUCCGGUGCGCCACAGUUGAGCAGCAGUGGUGCUAUGGCUAUUUAUGAGACAUUAAAGAACAUCGACACAUUGUUUGGAGCUGACGACCUGCCUACUAAGUGGGACCAACGGAAGUUAGAGAAUUUUCAGAAUAUUGUAUACCGCCAGAUUGAAGAGAGCAAAUGUAUGAUGGGCAGUGUGGAUACAAGUGAUUAUCUCAUCAGGACAGAAGGACUGAAGACGUACUUUGGGAACAUUGCAGCAGUCCUAAAAGAAAAGAAUUUCAGUUACUGCGCCUGGGAAGUGGUUCGAAAAGAGCUCCUGUACAGCCUACAGUUCAUUCUGGAACACAACUCGGAUAGCCUUCUGUGGGCCAACAGAACAUGAAUUUGAACUUGCAGAACUUUUUUACAGUUGUGUUUGACUUUAAUAGCCUACUAUUCUACAAUCAUGUAAUGUGCAACGUCAAACAGCAGUAUUAUUCAUGUAUUUAUUUAUUUAUUUAUUUAACAAGGUUAUUUUUUUUAUGUAUGCCUAUUCAUGAAUUUAUUGAUUUAUCUAUUUGAAAAUAUUUUGCUCUUCAUCAAAUGUUAAGUUAAUAAACACUUCUAUACUUUUAAAUAUUGUUAAUCGGAGUGCUCAUUCUGUUGCCCAGUCUGUCGAUGUGUGAACAUUCAUAUUUGUAUUAAACAUGCUCAGAACAUA